AUGGGGGCCUGUUUCCUGCUGAAAGUCCUGCCGGGAGGCAUCCCUUUAGCAUAUUGUCCAUCUGUUGAAUUGCUAGGAACCUAUUCUUUUAAGGAUAUAAAGAAAAAUAAUGGGACAGAUAAUAAGAAACUGUUGAAUGAGAGGAUGAAAAGUGUACAGAUGGAUGAUCCUGGCUGCAUUUUAUUUACGUCAGGAACGACGGGUUUGCCGAAAGGAGCCGUUCUAACACAUUUUCAGAUGUUAAAUCAAGGUAUAAUGUCUUGUAAAGUUCUUGGAUUUUUUGAAAAGAAACCCAUAAUUUGCGUUCAAGUUCCACUUUUCCACAUAUUUGGUUUAUCGGGAGGAACACUGUUAACAUUGUUAUGUAAUGGCACAGCUGUUUAUCCAUCAGGACAUUUUCAUGCUCCAUCUUCGCUUAAAAGCAUAGAGGAAGAAAGGUGCACAAUGGUAUAUGGAACACCAACUAUGUUUGUCGAUAUGCUAAUCCACAUCUCUAAAGGGAAUUAUGAUCUUAACAGUUGGAAAGAAGUUAUAGUUGGAGCCGCUCCAGUUCAUGAAAAUUUGAUAAAUGUUUUAAGGGACAAGUGUAAAGUAAAGAUUUACAAUGUAUAUGGUAGCACAGAAAUAUCUGGCAUGGUUUCCAUAGACAGCAAAAUGAAAUUUCCAAGUGCAGGAAGAAUUUUUGAAUACACAGAAAUAAAAAUUGUUGACACAGAUGGGAGAAUAGUCCCUAUAAAUACAAAAGGUGAAAUUCUAUGUCGUUCUCCUUUCGUAUGUUCUGGUUAUUGGGAUGAAAAAGAGAAAACUGCUGAAACGUUUGAUAACGCAAGAUGGUAUCACACUGGAACUUUAAUAAUAGUUAUAGUUGGAGCCGCUCCAGUUCAUGAAAAUUUGAUAAAUGUUUUAAGGGACAAGUGUAAAGUAAAGAUUUACAAUGUAUAUGGUAGCACAGAAAUAUCUGGCAUGGUUUCCAUAGACAGCAAAAUGAAAUUUCCAAGUGCAGGAAGAAUUUUUGAAUACACAGAAAUAAAAAUUGUUGACACAGAUGGGAGAAUAGUCCCUAUAAAUACAAAAGGUGAAAUUCUAUGUCGUUCUCCUUUCGUAUGUUCUGGUUAUUGGGAUGAAAAAGAGAAAACUGCUGAAACGUUUGAUAACGCAAGAUGGUAUCACACUGGAGACGUGGGAGUUUUAGACGAGAACGGAUGCGUUAUUAUUACUGGAAGAAUUAAAGAUAUGGUUAUUCGUGGAGGUGAAAAUAUAUAUCCUCAAGAAAUUGAAAACUUCCUUCUUUCUCAUCCGGCAAUAUCAGAAGUAUAUGUGAUAGGUGUCCCAGAUUCGAGAUUAGGAGAAGAACUUUGUGCUUGCAUUCAGUUGAAACAAGGGCAUAAACUAACCGGAGAGGACGUAAAAGAGUUCUGUAAAGAAAAGACCACAGGGGGAGAAUACUUUCAGAAAUCACAGUUACCGGUGGUAUGUAAAGUCCAAACACAAUUGACUAUAGACAGGGAUUUUAAUGAAAUUAUAAUGAUUGAAAAUCAGUUGAGUAAAUCAUUGCUAGACGUGGGAGUUUUAGACGAGAACGGAUGCCUUAUUAUUACUGGAAGAAUUAAAGAUAUGGUUAUUCGUGGAGGUGAAAAUAUAUAUCCUCAAGAAAUUGAAAACUUCCUUCUUUCUCAUCCGGCAAUAUCAGAAGUAUAUGUGAUAGGUGUCCCAGAUUCAAGAUUAGGAGAAGAACUUUGUGCUUGCAUUCAGUUGAAACAAGGGCAUAAACUAACCGGAGAGGACGUAAAAGAGUUCUGUAAAGAAAAGAUUAGUUAUUUUAAAAUACCAAGAUAUGUAUUAUUCUUUGAAGAAUAUCCAAAAACAGAAAGUGGAAAAAUUCAAAAAUAUAUUUUACAAAAAGAGUGUAUUAAGAUAUUGAAAUUAUAA